AUGCUCAUAGGCCUCGACCUCAAGGUUGGACUGGUCGCGCUGUGUAUGAUCGGCUUCAUCUUCAUCUUCUCCCUCGCUACCACUAUCCUGCCCUCUCUAUCGGAGAAUUGCCCCUACCGCUCGCCUCAGGCCUUCGCCGUGUUCAUCUGCGUUCAAGGCAUAUGCUGGGUGGGCCGAGCCAUCGCGCGCUCAGCCGAACGCUUCCUAUGGCCCUCGUCGGCAGAUACCACCUUUGGACGCAAAUCUGACCCGGAGUAUGGCCGCGCCUCAGCUCCAGGAAGUUCGGUGGCCACAGGUCGGAGCUCGUUCUCCCGGGGUCCUCUAUCCGGUGGCUGGCUGAGGUCGUGCGCCCAGUCGGCGCGCACCUGGCUACAACGGAGGGGAAACAAGAAGUCUCACUGGAGCUGGCAGGAGCGCGAAGAGGCGACGCUUCUGUCCUGCAGGAGUACGCACGAGGCCGAUCUUCUUGACGAGUACGACAGCGCGAAGAUGGAUCCGGUGGCCUUGCAAGAUGUCGUCCGACCAUGCCUCCUCUCUUUGCCACUCGAUGCAAGCAUUGGCUGCUUCCUGCGCAUCCUCAUCCGCCGUGCGGAUGCGGUCGAUCGUCGAGGGCUACCUGACUGGGAUUACGACCUCGACCGCGACACUUGCCAAGUGUCCGCCGACAUCCUUCUCGACAUGCUCGAAAGAGAGGAGCUGUCGUUGAGUAGGCAAACCUGCGAGUCGGAGAAGCGCUUCCAGGAGCAUCGAGUGGCGCACGAGCAGGUCCUUGAAGUCCUUCAGCGGCUCAUCUUUACGAGGAAUCACUGCACGUUUCUCCACGAGAGGUACGAGCGCAUCUUCAAUGUCCUUCUGUCCUACAUACGGAAACCGCAAUACGAGUAUGUGAAGAAGGAGAGUAACGUGCAAAAAUCGGUCUUCUCCAUCCUUGCUUACCUGGGGGACAAGAUCCCACCAAAUGCGGUCGAUAGAGAAGAUAUCAUGACCGUCGUCGACUACACGAGGCUUGCGAGGCUCUACUUUGGGACCGCCAGCGACGCAUCACUACUCAUCGCUAGGCUGGCCAUCUCGAUGGUCCUCGCACUACCGCCUACAGUCAGUUUAUGUGCCGAAGACAUUGUGGAUGCGGUGCGAGACCUGGUGGAUAUCGUGAUCGGGGAUCUCAAGAGGAUGCUCGCCGACGGGACCUCCCCGCAAGGCUGCGCAUCCGCAGACUUCCUCCCCGCUCUCCACAGCUUCCUUUCUUUGUUUGCCGCCCUCCUCGGCGCAAACGCGGGAUUCCUCACUGCAGGGUCAUGGCCGAAGCUGAGGGGCUUAUCUCGGCAACUCUCCAGUGCGUACCAGAAGGCUCACCACACCACGUACGUUGAUGCGGAAGGUCGAAGCACCGCCCAGUACUUGAAGCUCAUCGAUGCACUUUACGAGGGAGAGGCUCCCCCAUCGCCAUUCGGACGGCCCCACUCGCGGAUCCUUCGUCCUGUACGGGAGACAUUGCAAUAG